AUGGCAUCCAUUAAGCCCACUAAACUUAUCAAGUUCAAAGCGGACAUUUCUUUAGCUACAAUGAAGAUGCCUUUCCCCACAUCAAUAACACUACCUAUCUUAACACCAAACACUCUAGAUAAAGAGGAAUUAGCCACACAAAACUAUACAUCGCUUCGAUUUUUGCCCGCUGUUUCCACAGUCACUGUGAAGGAAGAGCUACUUUACAUAGACAUGAGGGAAAAAGCCGUGUACAGAUUAAGAAAAGACAUGACCACUAAUCAGCUAAUCAGCACAGGCUCCUGGAGACCAAGGGCUGUCCAUUCUUCUCGGAUAAAUGGGAACAUAUUGCUUGGAAUGAACAGUGAUAAUGACAUGAAAAUUGUUAGAUACAGUAGGAAAGGAAGGAAGCUACAGGAUAUUUUGAGGGAUGAUAAACCAGAAACUCUACCCCUAAGUUUAUUUUAUAUUAUGGAAAAUAUCAAUGGUGACAUCUGUACAUCAGCAUAUGAUAAGGUGGUGGUGUUGACCAGAUCAGGAGAGUACAAAUUCUCAUACAAUGGUCACAAAUCUCAGUCAAGAUUCCGUUCCUAUGGAAUUUGUACAGACGUCCUUGGAUAUAUCUUAAUGUACAAUGGUUCUGAUUUGAAUCACUCCAGUGUCCACCUACUGGACCAGUUUGGUCGCUUUAUUUCUUUUAUACUCACACCAGAUCAAUGUCCAUAUGAACCCUGUGCUCUCUGUGUUGACGAUCAUCACAAUCUUUGA